AUGAAAACUCUGCUGUCAUCAUCGUCAGCGGGAAAAGGUUCACAUGAUGACUUCAGACCUGUUGCUGGUUCUCCAAAUGUCCUCGAUCUGACAAUGGUUAACUGCUUCAAUUCCUCUAGCUCCAACAGCACGACCGUCAGCUCGGAUGGGGCUCCGUUCCCAGGGUACACGAUGGUCAUUCUGGCAAUCCUCAUGAUAACGCUGGUGGUCGUGGUGGUGGUCGGGAACGCGUUGGUUAUUCUCGCGUUCGUCGUGGACAAGAGCCUCAGAAAUCAAUGCAAUUACUUCUUCCUUAAUUUGGCUAUAUCGGACUUCCUUGUUGGGGCUUUUUGCAUCCCGGUCUAUAUGCCCUAUAUCUUGACGGGCAGGUGGAUGCUGGGCCGUGGACUCUGCAAGCUGUGGCUUGUGAUGGACUACUUGUUGUGCACGGCUUCCGUCUUCAAUAUCGUCUUAAUCAGCUACGAUCGCUUCCUGUCCGUUACCCGAGCUGUGAGGUACCGGGCCCAGCAGGGCGUCACUCGUCUGGCAGUGGUCAAGAUGUUGGCGGUGUGGGUUUUGGCAUUCCUCCUCUAUGGACCAGCCAUCAUCUUCUGGGAACUGAUGGUGGGAGAAAGCAUCGUUCCGGAGGACGAAUGUUUCGCCGAGUUCUACUGCACCUGGUACUUCCUACUCUCCGCGUCUACCUUCGAGUUCUUCUCUCCGUUCAUCUCCGUGGCCUUCUUCAACUUCAGCAUCUAUCUCAACAUCCAGCGGCGGAACCGGAGUCGUAUGGCGCAUGUGGAGGCCGAGAAGGAGGACGGCUGGAGGGUCAUCGACGGACAGGCCUCGUCCGUUUUCUUUGUCAAAACGCGCAAGGUGUCCUCUAGCGAGCCAGCGACCAUUUCGGCCGUGAUCAAAGACGACGAGGAGGUUUCGCCGUCGUCCAGCGGCGAUCCCAGCAGCACCCACUCCGUGUCCUUGACAAUGAAGACGACCAUUAAAAAGCGAGGGUUGCUCAGCGGUUGGGUAAGGACGCGCAUAAUACGAGCGCAGGAGGCAUCAAAUCCAUGCGCCCCAUGCAGAAGCGGAGGACACGCGCGUCUCUCAAGAGAUAAGAAGAUUGCCAAGUCCUUGGCAGUCAUAGUGUGCGUUUUUGGGGUGUGUUGGGCACCGUACACUCUCCUUAUGAUCAUACGGGCGGCCUGCAGCGGUAGCUGUGUGGAACAUCAUUGGUACGAAGUCACUUUUUGGCUCCUUUGGCUCAACUCGGCCAUCAACCCUUUCCUCUACCCGCUUUGCCACAGCAGCUUUCGCCGGGCCUUCGCCAAGAUUUUGUGCCCCAAGCGGCAGUCUGUUCGGCCACAUGAGGAAAGCCCUUCCUGCCAGUGA